UGCUUAUACUCCACAAAAGGAAAGAACAAGAAAAUUAAACUCCCUAACAAAAUUCAUAUUUAACAUUCUUCGUCUUCAAGAAUUCAACAAAAUUUCAACAUUUUUUCCUCUUUAGAUACUCUCUCACAAUCAUCAAGUAUUAUUCAACAUGUCAACUAUAGUGUAUCAAGAUUUCAAGUCCUGUUCUGAGUCCAAUAUCAUUGAAACAACUACCCUUAAGCUCAAAGUACCAACCCCAACUACUAUAGUAGAAACUAUUACUCCUACUUAUGAAAAAUGUUGGAGUUCCCUUCGAAAUCUCUCCACUAUUUCAAAUUUGAACUCCAACGAAAAGGAGAACUCUUAUGUUCAACCUUCAUCCAAGAAGCUUAGUGAAAAAAGCCUUGCACUAUGUACCGAAAACUUGGGAAGUGAAACGGGAACUGAUCAAUGCAUAGACAGCAACAUUUUCUCAUUUUCGUCACACGAGUCAAAGACAGCGCAAUUAGCCUUAUCUGUACAAGUCGAGUCAAAUUACAAUAAGGUGAUGACUUAUAACAGUACUGAAAUCAUCCGAGAAUUUCCACCUCCCUUGACAACGUUAAGAGGAUCGAAUGCUAUACAAGUUCGGCCACAUAGAGAAGGCGGUAGAUUAGUCAUCAAAGCCGCUGAGGCCACGAAAGUGCAUCCCUGCUUUCAUGCUGAAAGAAGUAAUGGCAGGCUAAGACUCUGUUUAUUAAAUGAUGGAUGCUCAGCUUUUGAGAAUGAAAUUAACAAUGAGGAAGAAGAAGAAGAACGAGAGGAUGAAGAGGAGGAAGAAGAAAAUGGCAUGCACAUGAAACGGGACAUGGAUGGAAAUAGUUAUGAUGCUGAGGCUGAAAUUGGAAUAGUGAAUUGUCAAAGGAUACGUAGGUGCAAGGAGGGAAGGCAGGGCAAUAAGACAUUUUGUGAUUGGAGGAACCCUUUAUGGGUGGCUACUUCUUAAAGUGUUAUUUCUGAAAUACUUCAUUUUCUCACCUCCAAAAAUUUGGCAUCUUACGUC